AUGAGUGCAGAGCAGCGUGUUGGACAACUUGUCAUUUGGAGGGAGGUAGGUUUUUUUCUAUGUCAUUUUCAUUUUUAUUGAUUUAUUUAUAGAAUUUUUUUUUUGUAUUCUGCAUCUUUGCUCAGUUAAGCCAAAUUACCAGCUUUUUAAAUUUAUUGUUACUGAAGUCUCUGUUAUUGAUUUUCAGGGCAGUCCAACCCUAUUAAGUGGUUCCUUUUAUAGUCACCCCAUUGUAUGGUCUUGUCAGAUUUUGUUAGUCACUGUAAACAGAGGGGAAAGGGAGGGUGGUGGUUUACAGGGGGAGUUUUCAGGCUAAGAGAUAACAUGUGGGAACAUUUCCAAGAGCACUGAAAAUUUACAGGUGGUGUCUUGGUGAAAUACCCGCUAUCAAAGAGUGCCUUUAUAAGAAUUUUUUCUACUGCUACCUGUUUUGUCGUGUUUUUCACUUUGGUGCUCGUGACAAUGUCUGCGUCAGAGUCAGCGGUCUGGUGCCUACUGAUUUUGAGAUUUACUGAAGCAUCUCUCAACCCCAAUCCUGAGCAGACCUGCCCAAGUGUACAUAAAUAAGUGUAUAGAAGAAUUGGUUUGUUGAUUAUUUAUUUCCAUUCUUAUUGCGGUAACAAAGUUAAAUACAGGAGAAACCACAUUAAUUUUGAUAGAUUAGUAUUAUUCCUGAAUAAACUAUUACAUUUUUUUGUUUAGAAACAUUGGCUUAUGUGUGUCCUAUUAGAGGCGGGAGGUAUCUCAAAACGGUAAGCAUACUGAGGAAGUUACAUGUAUUGAAUGGCAAGUAACUUUACUACAUGUAUCAUAAAUUUGUCUUUAGUGUUUUAGAGACAAAUAUUUUAUGCAUUUUGAGAGAGCCUUGUCCAGAGGCACUUGGUCAUUAGACCGUUACAUGUAUAUUUUAUUCAAUUUUUACACAUUUCACCUUACGCCAAUUUUGUAUAUAUUUAUAGCGCCAUGUGGAAUAUUUUCUCAUCCCUGUUGAUUGCCGUUGAUCGGCAAAAGCUUGGAUUUUUAUUUUUUAAAACGGACAGUAGUUUAAGGCCUCAUACGAACAUUUUAGUUUUUUUUAUUUUAUUUUGUCUUUAGUGUUUUAAUACACUUGACUUCGUGUACUUUCACCGCUAUAACUCUGUCGCAUUGUAAAUAAGUUAUGGUGAAAUUUACAUGCAUUUCAUUCCUUUUGUUGAUUCUAUAUUAUGUUAUAUUUAUAUUUAUAUAUGCAUUAUUUGUCUUCAAAUAAAAUUUUAUGCGACAAUUUAGCCUUACGUAGUUUAUGAAUACAGUAAUGUGGAAAGAGGCUAGGAACAUGGAAUCGAGGGUACUGAUUUGAAUUUUGAAUUCAAGAUGGCGUCUUUAGGUAAUGUAGUAUUUAUUGAUCGUCGUAUAAUGGAUGUCGCGUUGUUGAUCUCGUUGACACACAAAAAUGUUUCCUCAGCCCUCGUCCUCCCCAUUCCUGCCUCUUCCUUGUUCUAUGGUUUUUAUUUUUCAGGCGGUUAAAUUGCCCUCACCUUCGCCGGCAAUACAUGUUUAAUGAAUGUUUCAGUUGUAUUUGUAUUGGAUUUUCAGAGUUUAAUAAACCGUCGAUGUGCAGAAUUUCACAUUGCCAUUUUUUCUCCAUCAUGUUGUUUGUAUUGCCUUUUCGAACAGAGCACAGCACGUAUUUCAUUCUGAGUAAGGUUUGCCAUUUGUGGGUAGAUUGAAGCAUAAAUUUAUUUAUUUAUUAUGAAGGGCUGAGGGACACCCUCCACCGAAUACUUACUAUGUGGAUCAAGUCAAAAACACUUUGCAUCAAAUUGAAUCCAUGGACAUUCCUUCUGUUUGUGAAGCAAGGUACAGUGCAUGAUUAAACGUAGAAACAGUUUUUACGUUUUAUGUACAGAAUUUACAGUGAUAAGAACACUAGGUUUUAUUGUCAGAGCAGAUAUUUUCAGUUAAGUUGUUUAUGUCGAAAACGUUCGCGAAGCCUCGAAUAGAAAUAUCUUUCAUCCAACUCGUGGUCGUGCUUGCUGUUUAAGUUAGUAACAGACUUAAGCUAAUUUUAAUUAAUUAAAAAUUUAAUUUGCAAAACCGAACAUUUCAAAAAGAUUUUCACAGCGAUGUGCCUUCAAGCACACGGCUUUCAAAUCGUGAUCAAACUAGCUGAAUAUUAGUACUGUAUGCUCAUUUGCAUCUUUUCCCGUUUUUGUAUUCUUGUAUAUUUUAUCUGUUUUAUAGUGUAAAAAUUUUACAAGGUUCAUUCAUGCCCUAUACUAUACACCAGUCUUACAAUGCCUUUGAGUGGUAUACCGUGAAAUAUCGUGCGUAUGGUAACCCAAGAAAACUGCAUUUAAGGAGUUUAAUACAACCACGGAAUCAUAAUUUAACUCGGAUUUACAGCCCUCUGCCCGUUUCCUCAUUCGCGGCAUGGAGUGCUAACCUUAGGAUUUGACGGAACAUGUACUAGGAAUACUUGCUAUACCUUCGCAAGUUAUUCGUUACCUAUUGCUUUGUUGUACAUAUACUACUAUUUUUCUUCAGUUUACGGAGCCCUCGCAAUCCUCCGCUGGCCUCAGCUGACGCCCUGCUUAUAAGUCCCCCAACGACAAUGCUACAGAAGUCGUCUUCAAGCUUUGGUGGCUCCGACACUCCCAUCUCACAGAAAAAGCACGGCAGUUUAGAUAACUUGAGACUACAAGGUACUUGUACUCUUCUUUAGUGACGUUCGCUAAACAGUCAGAAGUUUGUCAGUCAACUAAUCCGCUUGGGCAUUAGGAAGUCAUUUACAUGCUGUCAGUAAGUCAAUAGGUUUGUUUGAAUUUUGCGCAAUGCAGCAGUCAGUUAGCCUUUCAAAUUGUUUUCCAGUCCAGCCAAUGUUAUCCAGUCCCUUAGCCAGGUAGCCAUUAAGCUAGUUAUUGAGUCGGUAAGUUAGCUAAUCACUCUGCAAAACAAUCACUCAAUCAGUCAGUCACAGAAGUAUAACACUCACAUCAGUAGGUCGGUCCAGUUAAAAGGGUUAAUUGUUCACCUUAUUUAAAAAGAUUUGAGAGCAUCCGUUUCAGUUGAUAGCUCUUCGCCAAUCAAUCGAUCAUUCCGUUUGCAACCACCCAUUCAGUCAACAGUAAUUCAUUCAGUCAGUCACUCAAUCGAUUAAUCAGUUAGGCAGAUAAUUGAAAGUCCAACCAGAGACUCAUUUGUGGUUAUUUAAAGCAGAGUGUUACACGAAAACAAAUAAGCUCCUUGUCUUCUCGCACCAUCGCUUUUCAGAUGAAGUAGAUUCCAAUGAUAGUGGGAGUAUACCCUUGGUUCAUCGCCGCACAGGAUCCGAUAGUUCUGGAAGUCUGUGCAGGUUCGGAGCCAAAGGUAAACUGAGAUCGCUGCGGUCCCAGUUCUCUCUCAACUCUGCAGGAACGUUCAGAAAGAGUUUGCCUGAAAAUAUGCCGGACUCGUCUCAAGUGGUCACAGGAAAGUAAGUAUAACAUCAAAGUGAGCAUGUUAAGGACCUUGAGGCCGAUGAAAACGUCGCUGAAAAAUUGACUUCAAACUUUUUCGCUAUUAUUCCAUGUCAUCCAGGUACUUGAAAGUAGAGAAAUUUAUAAAGUUGGAACUGAGAAGAGCCGAGAGGGGACCGUAUCCGAGUACAGAGACAGUAACAUUUAUCGCCUUUGUCGUUACUUUUUUCAAGUCAACGAAGUUAGUUUUCGUUAGUUGGGCGAAGUUAGUUUUUAUGAUGAAUGUGCAGAGCUUUUGUUUUGCUUACUGAGACUCCUUUUUCCACGGGCCUCGACAAACUUUUAAACGGACAAAAACUUGCACUGAUCUACAUUUCGUUUACACUGGACCUGCGAGACCUUGCCAUGAGUUUUUGAACGGCAAACAGUACUGCAAUCUGUAGCAGAAUUUGCACGGUUCCGUGUAAACGGUUUGCAUGGGAAAAAAAUUGUCCAUUGAAACAUUUUACUGGAGCAGUGUUAACGCGAUCUAAACCAAUUGUGUUUAAGACGUUCCCGCUGCCAUCGCCAUCGUAGACGGCGGCGACGGCAACGGCAACGGCGACGAGAACGUCAAAAAGCAAUUUUUGUGCGUGCGGCACGCUUUUUUGUACAUUUCCUUACCGUCUCAGCACGACUACGACGUGAAAAUGCCUCUUUUCACGUUUUACAGAGGAACUGCGCAAGCGCCGACGAAGUUUGCCCUCUCUUUCUGAACUUGGAUAUGGUUCUUAGGAUUUCAACUUUUGGAGGGUUCACCUACAUUUGACAAAGUUAGUGACUUGGAGUAAUCGUGAUGAAGAUUGAAGGAACGCGAAUUCACUUUUUCAGCGACGCUGUCGCUGCCGUCGCUGUCCUCAGAUCUUAAGGUCCCUACUGAGAUCCCCAAUAAAUAGUUCUUCCUUCAAUUGAUAGCUUGGCUGAUUUCUGUUCUGACAUUUCACCCACAAUAGUACUUGAAACAGCAAAAUAGUAUUCAUCUACGCCCGUCCUCAGUUUGUGUGAGUUUAGGUUGUGGUUUUGUUGCGGUCCACGUUUAUCCGUGACUUUUUGGUGUAAUAUUUUUGCUUCAAUAAUUAUUAUAAUUUAACAACAAACACACGACCAUAGUUGACUGUGUUUUCUGUCAUGCUAGGUUGACUGGUGGUAUAGAUAACACCUUGUUUCGUUAUGUGAGCUGGGAUUCAUUUCAUGGCAUUGUAGUCUGUCCAAAUGAUAGCGAUGCUCCCACAACGGGAGGACUGGUACAUGCAGAGGUGGUGAACACGUUCCAGAAAACCUGUCUCUCCAUGCGUAGAUUAUUUUCUCCUUAUUACAAGCAGGUACGUCGAAAAACCAUGUUACAAUAACUGAACAAUUUCUCGUUCGCUGAUUUGUAGAGAGUUGGAAAUGACCUCAUGGUGACGGAAUUUGUUUUUUUCUCUCUUAAUGCGUCAGUGUAUCUUAUACGAGGUGUUAAUAGAGGAGACUGCUACGGCUAGUACUGUUGAUUUUGAUUGUAAUAACAGUAAUGCGUAUUAUUUUGCACAAAUAUGCGAAAACUGGAGCCAAAUUCAAGCAAUUAUUGUAAUAUCAUUUUCCCUUCAACAGCGCUUAAAGCAGAAAAAUCCCAACGCACGUUUUGCAUGUACCGGAGUGGAGGGUGUGGUCGAACAUGGAGUGAUGUUCCACCGAAUUCCAGACAACGCAACUGAACAGAAGAAGUCUCCAUCAACCUUCCAGUAUUGGGUUAUCGGGUACGUUUAGAAAGAAUUCGAACUUGUUACGAGGAAAUAGGCAAGCUCUAGUGUCAUGCUACAGGAGGGAGCAGUAAGAGGUUGCCUUUUAGUUUACUUUCUUCGUAUUUCUUUUAAUUGCUAUUUCUUUUUUUCUCUUCUUCUUCUUCUUGUCGUUAUUGCAUAUAUUUGACGUGUGAAAGAGCCGUCUGUUGCGGCAAGCUGACCAACAGGCUAUUUCCGGGUUCCCCAAGCCUCUGUUUUUAAGAGAGGCUAACUGCGAAGCCAUUGAUACGAAAAUGAGUUUUUAUUCUCAUCCAUAAAAACUCAUUUUCCUUAGAAGGGUUUUGCACUUAGCCUCCUUUUGCAAGUGAGAGAUUUUGGAACCCGGAAAUGGCCUAUUGGAGUGCGUUAUUUAUAAUAAUUUCUCGGAGGGCAGGGAAACUGCGCUUGAAAGAAUAUACCCACACGUAAGUCAAAUGUGAGUGAUAUUAAAAUUUAAUUCAUAAUACUUUCUUCUGUUGAACCUAGACGGCUUCUAACGGGAGAUCAUCCGCGUGAACUGUACGUGUGUUACCACCAGUCAGUGCCUCAAUCUGUGGUGGAGUUGGCCUUCAAACUGGGUUUUGGAGUUUGA